AUGACCACCUCAUCCGCCGACAUCUGGCUACAGAGAAUAUUUUGUUUAAUUUUAAUCUUAAAAUUAACACAAGCUCGUUAUGAUUUCCUGCCAAAAUUCUUUAGUCCAGAUAGUUCAGUUAUUGUGGACUCGGAUAAAUCCUUGUCGCAAAGCAAUAAUAUAGCGAUACACUAUCCCAAUAGAAUAAGAAUGCCACCGCCAUUUCCUCUAUGGCGGCAUUAUCCACGUUAUCACAUCAUACCGCCUCCACCGCCCGGACAAAUAUUGGGUAUAAACACCUGGGCCAAAAAUGCAAAUUCAAAACCUGUAACAAUGCCUACAACCUCCACAACAAGUACUACUAGUACCACAUCUACAACAACUACUACCAGCACCACCACUACAACACCUAAACCCACUACUACUGCUAUACCCAAAUCUAGCACCUCCUCGCCCUUUAUAACAGAUGAUGAAUUUCCCACAGAAUUAUUGGAUAUAGCCCAAAAUAAAUUGGGUCUUAAGAGUCUCGAUGAAAUACCCAGUAUUUCAGAAUUGGGUCAACUUUUGGGAACCAAUAGUCCCGAAGAGACUUUAAGUUAUAUCAGACAAUUGACCUCCAAUGAACAGGGUGUAGCCUUAAUGAAAGCCUACAUAGAAUCCACAGAUUAUACCGACAAUUCGGGAGAUUUGCAUAAUAAAAAUGAAGCUUUGUCAGAUGAUGAUAAUGAUGAUGAUGAGGAGGAGGAUGAAGAAGAGGAUAUAGGUGACAUUGAAGAAGCCCUUAAAGUUAAUGAUGAAGGUUUAAUAGUUAUAACCGAUGAUGAUUCAAAUGGUGACUAUGAACUAACUAAUGAAGACGAGCAACCAAAAGAAACCUCUCCCAAACCCACCUUAAAGCCACGUAAAACACCAAAAAUCAUACAAAAACUUAAAGAAUUGCCCAACACUCAUCCCAGUUUUAUGGAACGUAUAGUGAAUUACAUGCAUUUGAAUAAUUUGUUUCAUAAAGACAAACAGGAAUCGGAAGACACAAAACCCAGCGAAAACCAAGAGUACCAUCAACUCAACAGAAUAACGGAAAAUGGCAAAAAGUUACAAAAGAAAAAUCCCACCACAGACAAUCAAGAAAAUCAAACAGAAUCUGAAAUAGUAAAUCCCGAUGCAAAUGAAAGUGUUAAUUUAAAAUCGUCCAUACCUUUUAACUAUCCAGUACCCAUUAGAGUUCAAAGUACAACCACCACCACUACUACUCCACCGCCUGCAAUCAAUACUCCAACUGUGGUCCACUUGAAUACACCCAAAAUGUUAAUACCUCAUGUCCAGCAUCUGUCACGUGUCACGAAAAUACCUUCCAAAAAAAUCGAAGAUUUCUUGGCCAGCAAACCGAAAUUAUUGGAAUUGGCUACUAAAGUAAGCCGUUUCCCCAUUGGCUAUGACCGCGCUUCACCCAUGGAGGCUCAAGUUAUGGCAGCCGUGCAAAGAGCCAUCGAACAAGAUGAAGAUUUGAAGAAACUUUUAAGUUCUACAGCCACCUUAAAGUGAUAAAGUCUUUUGCAGGCUUUCGUAAUAUGUAGUUUUAAUGAAAUUCUAAUUAAGAUUUGUUUAAGAUUC